GACGCCCAGGAAGUGACAGCACAUUAGAUCCAGGGCAAAACAGCAACAACAGUUUAUCGACAGAGGCUCAAUUUAAGAAGGGCAAGUGUCGAAAAAGUGUCGACCAGCAGAUAUUCUUUAUUUUUCAGACGCAGUCAAACUCGGUCUGCUGUUUUAAUCAUGGCUUCUUUUACAACCGAAAGACAAACACUGACCACUUCGGUGUUUUUUUGUGCCGUCGCAGCGUUUGUUAGCUUUGUUAGCCAAGGGGAAUGCCAAACAACUCCACCACCACCGACUCACUGCUCUGCCUACAAAACCUGUGACGACUGUGUUCCACAUGCCAAGUGUCUGUGGUGCCUCACCACCAACAACUGCACAGAAUACCCAGUGAGCUGGUUGCUGCCUCCAGCAUCAGUAUGCAAGUUGUCCCAGGCCCGUUGGGGAAUGUGUUGGAUGAACUUUGAGGCCCUGAUCAUUUCCAUGGCCGUCCUGGGAGGAAUAAUCCUCAUCAGCAUUGCUGUAUGCUGCUGCUGCUGCUGCUGCAAGAAGCGUCAGUCAGGGCCUGACAGAGAUGAAGAAAGAUAUGCCAGGAAGAGAGAGGAGAUCAAACAGCGUGCAGAAGAACGGAAGGUGGAGAGAAAGGCAAGGCAUGAUGAGAUCCGUCGGAAGUAUGGUCUGAUCGGUGACAGUGACCACCCAUACAGCAAGUUCGAGAACGAGUAAAGCAGCCGCACUGGAGGAGUUCCACAGGAAGCGUGUUGAGCUGCUCUUACGUUUUAGCUUGGAGUGAUGCCUGCUUCUCGUAUAAACCGCAACACUGCAGGAUUAUCCAAUUCAGACAAAAAUCACCACAUUACACUUUUCAAAUAACAACAAAUCUGAUUACAGAAAAUUCAAUUUUUUUUAUUUUUUUUUUGCCUCCCGAUUCUUGACAUGAAUGUUGAACCUUGUUUUAAAACUUCUUGCCAAGUUCUUUGGUCUUUUUGAAAUUUCAUUGUAUGAAUUGUUGCUUUUAAAUGUUGUAGUUUCAUGUCAGUUUUUGCACUUUGUACAUACAGUACUGAUUUUAGCAAUACGAGAUGAUGAUUGUACGGCUUGUGUUUUGACACAUGAAUAAAAAUCUUCUCUUUUAA